CCGGCGGCAGGAAGGGCGGGGAUGUGCCGCGGGCUGUGCUUUCCCCGCGGAGCUCCCCGCGCUCCCCGCGUCACCGCGCUCGGCUAUAAAGCGCAGGCGGAGCGCAUCCCCCGGCAGCAGAGAUGUUCUACUCGGGCAUCCUCACGGAGCCCAGCAGGAAAGAAGUGGAGAUGAGGGAAGCGGCGUCUCUCCGGCAGCAGAGGAGGAUGAAGCAGGCGGUUCAGUUUAUCCACAAGGAUUCGGCGGAUCUCCUCCCUCUGGACGGGCUGAAGAAGCUGGGGACGUCCAAGGAUACUCAACCACAUAACAUCCUGCAGAAGCGCCUGCUGGAGACAAAUUUAUCCAAGUUCCGAGGCAGCCGAGGCAGCUGGGCUCCCAAGGGUGAUCUCUCUUCACAGACCAACAAGCUGAACCAAACCAAACUGGGCAGCUCGGGCAAAACUGAGGAUGAAGAGCUCAUAGUGGUGAGCUGCCAGUGUGCGGGGAAGGAGCUGAAGGCCGUGGUGGACACCGGCUCGCAGCACAACCUCAUGUCAUCUGCCUGCCUGGACAGGCUAGGGUUAAAGGAGCAUCUCAAAGCACUCCCUGUGGAAGAGGAGCUGGUUUCCUUGCCCAACAAGGUGAAAGCCAUCGGGCAGAUCGAGUGUCUGUCCCUCACGGUGGGAGCCGUCCCCGUGGAGUGCGCUGCCCUCGUCGUGGAAGACAUCGACCAACCCUUUUCCUUUGGGCUGCAGACACUGAAGUCUCUGAAGUGUGUCAUAAACAUGGAGAAGCACCACCUGGUUCUGGGGCAGAUGGACAGGGAAGAAAUCCCAUUUGUGGGCGUUGACAGUGCUGAGGCAGGAGAGCAGUAAGUCUGGGGAGUUUCAGCAGCUUGGAGGCAUAAAGAGAAAUUGAAACACCAUCCCCACGCAGGAGCUUGAUAUCAAAGAAAUCCUGUGCAGCUGUUCCAGAUGAAACAGCAACGUGCUGCUUUGAAAACAUUUAUACUAGGCUACAGCUUGAGUAGAGCUAAAUGAAAUCCUGUUUGUAGCCAGUAAUUUAGAGAUAUUGUCAUGUUUAUCUAUGGGUUUUAAGAAACAAAUGUGUUCUUAUUUUCUGGACUUUUCUAUAUUGUGUCCUCUUUAUUACAAACAGUUGGGAAAACCUUAUAAAUUUCUUCUGAUCAGAAAAAUACUUUUUAUAGUGGCCUCAUAUGAGUAAUUAUACUUAGCUGAGAUUAGAGGCUAUCAGAAUGAGAUUUUUAUUAAUGAUUUUUCCAGGGGCUAAGCAUUUAUAUUCACUUAAUUGAUAUUGCCACAUUCAAAUGGCCAUUACCAGGAAGUUACUCAGAGUAAAAUAACAAUGUUAAUACCAGCUAGGAAUUAUAGCUCAUCCUGUUAGCAUAGUAUUGUUGCCACGUAAUUAUGGAUGCAACUGCUGGCUUGAUGACAAAGAGCAAUUGCAGAAUUAUUAAUGGUUACAGGCUUCUCUGCAGUGGCGUGGCAGAAGCACAGGGACAGGGUCUGGGAAGGCUCCCAGGGUGAUCUCCCAGUGUGGGGUUGGCACCAGUGCUGGGGCUCAAAACCCUCUGAGCAGGGAUCCUCUGGGCAAGUCUUGGCUGCCUUCCUGUGGGGGUAGUCAAGUAAAUCAAUCAUUACACGGGGCCAAAAAGCAACAAAGGAGCACAGAGGUGUGCUGUCUGGAAAGCAGCAGAUGCAGUGCCCUUGGCUGUCCCUGCCACCAGGAGCUGUGCCUCUCCCUGCCCACCCAGCAGGGAGAGUGAAGCCCCUGCAGCACCCCUAAUUGUAUUUGUGGGGUUCCCAG